AUGGCUCUUGUCCUGGUGCUGGUGCUCACUCUCUCCUGUCUGCUUCUCCUUUCAUUCUGGAGGCAGAGCUCUGGGAGAGGGAAGCUCCCUCCUGGCCCUACUCCUCUCCCGCUCAUUGGAAAUGUCCUGCAGAUCGACAUUAAGAACAUCAGCAAAUCCUUGACAAAUUUGUCGAAAGUCUAUGGUCCUGUGUUCACUCUGUAUUUUGGCUUGAAGCCAUCUGUGGUGUUACAUGGAUAUGAAGCAGUGAAGGAAGCUCUCGUUGAUUUAGGAGAAGAGUUUGCUGGGAGAGGCAGUUUUCCAGUGUCAGAAAGAGUUAAUAAAGGCCUUGGAAUUCUUUUCAGCAAUGGAAAGAGAUGGAAGGAGAUCCGGCGCUUCUCACUCAUGACCUUGAGGAAUUUCGGGAUGGGGAAGAGGAGCAUUGAAGAGCGUGUUCAAGAGGAAGCACACUGCCUCGUGGAAGAGUUUAGAAAAACCAAUGGUGAACCCUGUGAUCCCACCUUUGUCCUGUGUUGUGCUCCCUGCAAUGUGAUCUGCUCCAUUAUCUUCCAGAAACGUUUUGAUUAUAAAGACCAGACUUUUCUUAACUUGAUGGGAAAAUUCGAAGAAAACCACAGACUUAUGAGCACCCCAUGGAUCCAGAUCUGCAAUACUUUCCCUGUGAUCAUUGAUUAUCUCCCAGGAAGUCAUAACAAAAUACUUAAAAAUUUUGCUGAUGUAAAGAGUUAUGUUUUGGAGAAAGUAAAAGAACACCAAGAAUCCCUGGAUGUCAAUAAUCCUCGGGACUUCAUUGAUUGUUUCCUGAUCAAAAUGGAACAGGAAGGGCACAAUCAGCAGUCUGAAUUUACUAUUGAAAACUUGAUAGCCACUGUAACUGAUAUAUUUGGAGCUGGAACUGAAACAACAAGCACCACCAUGAGAUAUGGACUCCUACUCCUGUUGAAGCAUCCAGAAAUCACAGCUAAAGCCCAAGAGGAGAUUGAACAUGUGGUUGGCAGACACCGGAGCCCCUCCAUGCAGGACAGGAGCCGCAUGCCAUACAUGGAUGCUGUAGUGCAUGAGAUCCAGAGAUACAUUGACCUCAUACCUACCAACGUGCCCCACGCAGUGACCUGUGAUGUUAAAUUCAGAAACUACUUCAUCCCUAAGGGUAUGACCAUAAUAACAUCGCUGACUUCUUGCUAUAUGAUGACAAAGAAUUUCCCAACCAGAGAUGUUUGA